ACAGAGCAGUCAGUGGGAACACUUGAACGCACGGAGGGGGAGGAGGGCUGCGAGAGAAAACAAACCGAGAAAAUUGUUCGCCUGAAACGAAAGUAGCAAUACCAAAGUGGCAUUCGGCCCCCACCGUUAUUCGUUUUCGAAGUGAUCGGUGCGAUUGUGAUGUAGUUUUGUCGACUUCACGCUGCGGUGUUGCUCCUUUCCAAGCAUCCGGUAAAAAAUAAUAUAAGUGUCUGUGGGGCUACUGUACGGACGGCCAGUGCAGAACUGUUCUGAUGUGUCAAUAAGUUUGAGGCUGGAAUGAGAAGGCCCUGGCGUUUCCACCGGAUUUCAGGGGUCAUCUUCAUCGCAUGAUACAGCCUGACUGACAGAUCCAUCCUCAUCUUUCAAAUACCGUAUUUCCAUAUUCUGUGGCUCUGGUCAGCAGCAGUAUGAAGAGCGGAGGUGGAGGGAAAGAACCUCCGGUGGAGGGAGAGGUCAGUGGAAAGCGACCCAAACGCAAGUGUCUGCAGUGGCACCCGCUGCUGGCCAAGAAAGCUCCAGACUUCUCUGAGGAAGAGGAGGAGGAGGACGAAGAGGAGCUGGAGAAGGUGCCAGUGUUAUGUGCAGAGAGUGGAGCACAGGAGGGAGAGUGUGGUGGGAUGGAAGAUGACAGUGAGGAAUACACCUCUGAACAACGGGCUCGCCGGCCCAUGAACGCCUUUCUGCUGUUCUGCAAACGGCACCGUUCCCUGGUCAGACAGGAGCAUCCACGACUAGACAAUCGGGGAGCCACUAAGAUACUGGCCGACUGGUGGGCUGUACUGGACCCCAAAGAAAAACAGAAAUACACAGACAUGGCCAAGGAGUAUAAGGAUGCGUUCAUGAAGGCUAAUCCUGGUUACAAAUGGUGUCCUGCCACCAACAAGCCGGUAAAGAGUCCUUCUCACUCUGUGAGUAACGCCCGCAAGAAAGUCUGGUCUCUUCCAUCCAACCCUAGCAAGGAAUCUUCAGUUGCCAAAAAACAGCCCAAAACCGACAGCACACCCCAGCUCAACUUCGCCAUGGCUGAUCCCAAUAAGAUGGGUGGCUUAAGCAUGCUGCUGUUAGCCGGGGAGCACGCACUGACCGCCAGAGAGAUUUCCUCCAGCUCUUCCCAGACAGGAUGCACAGAUGUUGCUAAGCACACUGGGAAAUCAGCCCUUUUCCAGCUGGCUGAGAUUUCUUCCAGUCCAGUGCAGCCAGCUGGGGGAAGUAAGAACGCUGAGGACACAAGCUCUCUCACACAUGUAGAGGCCUCUGGACCAUCUCAGCCAAGUUCACCAGACCUGCCCAAGAGUUGUGUUAAAUCACCCUUGUUUCAGCUGGCUGAGCAGAUCUCCUCCAGUAGGUCUCAGUCAGCAUCUGAGGGGAGGCAGUGCGGCCAGUCGGCUCUUUUCCAGCUCGCUGAGAUGUGUUUGGCCUCUGAGGCUGAAAAGAUGGAAGCUCGAUCCUCCCAGCCCUCUGGUGGUUCCUCCUCACUCUGUGCUCAGCACAGCUCAAGUAGCAGAGUCACCGAAGAGCAGGUGGACGCUCCUGAACUUCCUGUCACCACAUCAUCAUCAUCAUCAGCAUUAUCAUCAUCCUCAUCAUCCUCUACCUCCGGCUCCACCUCGUCCUCCCCUACUGACACCACCCCAUCUGAUCUCAGCCCGUGUAAGACGCUGAAGAAGAAGAAGAAAAAGAAGAAAGAAAAUAAAGACUCGGACGAAAAUCCUGCAUCGCCCAAAAAGGCGAAGAAGAGACAUUCGCCCGAGUCGGACCUGGACAGCGUGAUGUUCACCAUCGAAGCAGUAGCAAAAGGUGCUUGGGGCUCAGAAGAAACACCCAGGAAGAAAGCUUGUCCCUCAGGGAGUGAGAGCAGCCCCACAACGGACCAAUCUCCAGCGGUGAAGAAGAAAACAAAACCGAAACCGAAAAAACAGUUGAAGUUAAAAGACAAUGAUGCGGCGGAGGAAGAGGAAGAAGGGGAUGAAGAGACCAAUAAACCGCAGGACGUAGAGAUGAAAACUGAGGAAGCCCCUCUGACCCCUAAAGAUGAGUGUGAGAAUGAGCCAGAAAUGAAGGUGGAGCCCCCUAUUGGUGUGGAGGACACGGCACCAUACUGCUCUCCUCCUCAUCCUACAGAAAUGGAGGAGAAAGACACAGACACCAAACCACCUCAAACCAGACAGGAAGAUAAAGAGCAAGAGGUUAAGCCAGAGGCCUGUGGGUCCAGGAAGUCAGAGCGAAGCUGUAAAGGAGCUCUUUAUAAGACUCUGGUGUCCGAAGGGAUGCUUACAUCACUGAGAGCAAAUGUGGACAGAGGGAAAAGAGGAUCCAUGCGAGGAAGUGUGUCCGAUCAUGAGGGCGGCUGGAAUGACGAGAGCUGGGGAUUUUCUCAAGCUGCUACCAGCAACCCAAAAAAGCUCAAGAAGUCUAAGUCUAAAGAGGAAACCACCCCAGGACUAGGAAAGCUUGAGGAGGAGUUCGAGAAGAAGUUCAACAGCUUACCACAGUACAGCCCCCUGACUUUUGACAAAAAGAGCGUGGCGGUAACCAAGAAGAAAAAAACCAGUACGUCCAGCCCUCCUGAACCGCCCAAACCCUGCAAGGGUUCAUCUUCAUCUCAGAAAAAGACCUUAUUCCACAAGAUAGUGAACAAGUACAAACACAGGAAGGAGAAAUCCAGUGCCGCAGACAAAGACGUCGUCCCAACUGACCCUGUGGGUACAGAAUCAAGUCCAGUGGUGAAGUCGGUCAGUCCGUGUGUGUCUCCCUCUCCUGAACCCCAGAAGGUUCUGGAUAUACCUGUGGGCAGUCAGAAGAGGAAGGCCAGGAAGAGUAAAAUCACACACUUGGUGCGCACGGCUGAUGGCCGAGUGUCACCUGCAGAGGCAGAAGACAAAUUCAAGGAUCAGACCAAGAAUCAGGAUGAAAAGCCAUUCACUCAAGAGACAUUAUGCAAUAGGGGGGUCUGCUACAAUGACCCCACAUCAGCGGAAGCGGACGUGACGGAUGCGUCUGGUGACCUCCCGGCCUUCUUCAGCUUGGCUGCUCUGGCUGAGGUUGCAGCCAUGGAGAAUGUGCACAGAGCCCAGCGUGCUGUGAGUAUCCCCACUGAAGGUCAAGUGAAGGACAUGGCUCCUGUGCUGAUUUCCUGUGCGGACCAGUGAGGCCUCAGCCUGGCCCGGGACGGGUUUAAUCCGGACUGGGCUUAUGUAUGGACAUGCUGGGGCCUUAUUCUUGACCCUCGGCCUCAGAUGCCGGGGGGAAAGAGCGAACGAGAGCGAGAGAGACUGGAAAGGGAUGAGGGAAGCUCUGAGCCGGAUGAAGAUGUUUUAUCCCAGAAGCUUUCACCUUACACCCAACCCCAUCCUUCCUCCCUCCCUCUCUCUCACCCCCUCAGGGCCCUGGGGGAGCCAAUUCUGGUCCCUACGCCUGUUUCCUCUGGUGGCUCCGGACCAGUUAUCAGACUUUACAAUCUGCAAGAAAUGGCUACUAUUUAAGGUCAAGUUUUGCCUACAAAAAGUGCAUUUGAAGCAAGUGCUCCCUCUCUGUCUUUCUCUGUCUUUACGGUUCUGUUCCUGGUCAGCUUCAUUGCACAAACGUCUUUUUCACACAGCAGCACACAUCUUCUCUCGGUCAGAGGAACGUUUUGUGGCUUCCUGCCCCCUUUUUUGCUCUGAAUCUUACGAAGAGAGAGAGAAUGAGUGUUUUCAGACUGCUUAACCUCAGCCUCAUACCUCACAAACCUGUUCAGAUUUGUUCUCUGCACAGAAGCACCACCUUCACCUUCAUAAUGCACAGUUGAUGCCUAGAUGCCUCUUUCUUUCAAGCAAUGACCCUCAAUGUGUCCGGUGCCUCUAGAUGACAGUUGUUCAGAGAUAAACCACCUGUUUUCCACUCAGCAGCAGCAGCGAUGUGUCGGGGGGGAAGUCGGAUGUUUGUGCAAGCUGCGCUGUGGUCGAUGAGCAGGGUCCAAAAUUAGCACUUGCAAAGCAUUGAAUAUUUUAUUAUAUUAAUUUACAUUACCGUUCAAAAGACUGGGAUCUGUAAUAAUGUUUUUGAAAGAAGUCUCUCAUGAUCACCAGUGUUGUAUUUAUUUAAUCAGAAAUACAGUAAAAACAGUAAUAUUGUGAAAUAAUAAUAUGAUUACAAUUUUAAAUAUUUAUUUUCUAUUUUAAAAUAUAAUUUAUUUACUCAGUUUUCAGUGUCACAUGAUCCUUCAGAAAUCAUUCUAAUAUGCUGAUUUGGUGCUUAAGAAAUAUUUCUUUUUUUAUCAAUGUCGAAAACAGUUGUGCUGCUUCAUAUUUUUGUGGAAAAGGUUUCUUUGAGUAGAAAGUUUAAAAGAACAGCAUUUAUUUGAAAUAGGAAUGUUUUGUAACAUCAUAAAUGUUACUGUCUCUAUUAAUCAGUUUAACGCAUCUUUGCUGAAUAAAAGUAUUAAUUUCUUUCAAAAAAAAACUUACUGGCCACUUUUGAACGGUAAUGUAUAUUCUAAAAAUACAUUUUCAUAUACAUUUUUUUUGUAAUGUGAAAUAAUCCGAAAUAAUUCAUAUUUCUGGUUGGCAAUUUUUUGUUUUUAAAUGAAUUAACUGUUGGCUAAAAGAGCUAAUUUUAGACCCUGCCUACGAGUGUUUCUGACUGACUGAAUCACCCGAUGGAAAGCCAGUUGAACCGUUUUAUAUUGUGACAGCCCGUCACUUUUAGCAAUGCGCUCUUCUCUGACAUGUACAGCUAUCAAUGAGUUCAUUGAGUAUCAAUGAGUAUGGCGAUACUUGAACGAAAAAAUGCAUUUUAUGUCAAUACUUGACCUUACUGCAGUGUGUAGCGUCUUGCUGGCUAAUCCAAAAGAGUGCUACUCCUCUAAUAUAGUUUAAUAAUAGACACUGCACUAAUUUUUAGCUACCGUAGACAAUGCUUUUAGUUGUCUUUGGCUUUCAUUAUAAUAGCAAGUUUUGUUUUUGUUUUAGUCUCAAGUUAGCUUUUGUAUCAUCACUGAGAUACUCAGCCCUCGUUUUUUUUCCUAUACCUGAGGCUGUAGACGCCAUUCCAGCUCAAAGUUUUGCUGAUUCUGUCCAUUCCUCCAAGCACACGGUGGGAGAGAGUUUGAGUGGAAAAGAAAGCAGGGAUUGACGUAGAAGAGAAAGGCGUUUUUCUCUCUCUCUCUCUCUCUCUCUCUCUCACAGACACAUACACGCGCACACACACAGACACCUUGAAUUGUGGGAGUCAGCACAGCAUGUUCUCCUACGACGUGCACAUCCUGUGUUUUAGGCACUUGUGAGUCAAACUCUUACAGGGUCAUGUUCUGACCUUCAAACCAGAUUGUGUGCUGCGUGUUAAUGACACGUUGCAAAAAAUCACGUUCUUAGUAUGUUUGUCUCGUGAACAUAUCUAAAAAAAAUUCUUCAAACAAGAUCAGUUUAUUUGAGAAGCAAAAUUGUGUUUGGCUUUCCUCUACCUUUUUUAAAAAACGAAAACCACAUGGCUGAAAAAGUAAGACAAACAAGAUUAAUUCAAGAUAAGUGGUGGGGUUUUGAUUUAAGUGAAAACAGUUUUUUUUGAGUGAUCUUACUAAAAUGAUUCUUCACCGAUUCAUUCAGUGAGCUUUUCUGCAGGUUGCAUCAUUAUGCCAAUAAGUUUUGACAAGCAAAUGUCAUUUAAUGAGUUAUGAGGAAGUUCUGAACCAUUUACUGUACUUAACUGAAUCUUUAAAAACCCACAUUGUUCAAUUUAUUGCUUCUCGGAUUAUUUAAUCUUGUUUUAAGGAUGUUUGGGUAUAUUACUGGAAAACAUUUCUGCUUCGAAACUGAUUUUUGCUGUGCACAUCAGCUCCCUGGGUUCGUGGGCUGGUUCGAACAUCAGACUCUGCUUCCUGAAACCCUCCUGAGGUCGUAGGGAGCCUAGAUUAGAUAAAUGAAGGAAUGCUAUAAGCCAGAUCACAGGUUUAAAAGCCGCACACUCUUUCACUGUUCAAGUCAAGCUUUUUCCUUUUUAAUAAGACAAUUGAUGUUCUUUUGUUUGUUUUGCUUCGAUUUUUCUUCUAUAAAUGAUAAUGUCUGUGAAUUUAUGAACUUAUAACUAAUAAGGUUUUUUGUACUUCUUCGAAAUACUGUAUUUAAUUUGUUCUCCUUAGAACACCUUCUGUAGGGCGCUGUUUUUCCUCGCUUCGUUCGUAACAUUUUGUUUAGAAACCUCAGCCUUUCCUGAGGUGUGCUCUACUGGAUCGAGACUGUUGUCAAAAGCUCAUAUACAAAUAUCUGUGUAUAUAUAUAUAUAUAUAAAUAUAUAUACCUAUGCUUACCUGUUAAGCCAACAAGCACUGAUAAAGAAUGCACCGCCUCUAGACGAUUAGUUCCUGCUUGUGGACGUGCACGUGCGAGACAACCACAUUGCCGCAUAUGGCCUACGUCUGGCGUGCGCGGUGGGGUGCGAGAUCUGUGUCUGAAUGUUCCCCAUUUCCUGUUAUUUAUACAAUAGAGGCAUUUAUUCCAAGCCAAGGGUUUAAACCUCAGUGUAUUUUAAGUAAUAGAAAGCUUGUAGGCUGUAAUUGUGCCUGAGGCAGUCAUGAGACAUACUGAUGACGUUUACCUGAAAAAUCAGGACCUAAUCACUUUUAUAAGUGUGAUUUUAUUAAGCUAAUUUUAUAAAUCACCUGUAUGGCCCCGCUUAUGAAACUUUAAAAGUUACAGUAGGGUAAAAAUGUUAUGAAUUAUGAAUAAUAAGAUACUAAACCUCCUGCUCAGCUGUUUUGAAUCAGUUGAUUGUCAUUAUGGACGAUUUGAAUUGUAUCAAUCAGUGAUCUAAUUGUAAAUGAUCCCUUCUUCAGCAUUAGUUAGAGUGGGCGCCAUGUUUAAUUUUUACGAAAAAUCCUUGCGUAAAAUUCAACUACGUCCACCCUGACUAAAAAUGCGGUCACGUUUACCGUUUCUCAGCUAAAUUUCGCAAGCAAACUCUAGUCGUUUAAAUCCAUACAAUCUGGAGUUUUCCGUGAGGGCAAAAACGUUCCCUAAACAAAUUCACUGCAAAUUUGCUUGGUUUAAAAAUGGUUUCUGUGUGAAUUCUGCUUCAUACAUUUCUACGAAAUUGACAGUAAAUUUCGCUGAAAUUUCGCUAAUGUGACCGCAACUUACAAUUAUGUUUCCUCAAAAGAUGGUUGAUCAUAAAAGACGCGUCUCAUCCGUGUCCCAAAUGUUUGUCGUUCACAAGAAGUUACCGUAAGACGUCUUCCCUUGCGCGCAAUGCGCCUCAGACGCAAUUUAAGAUCUUCCCGGUGAUCAGGAGACGUGUUGAAUACAAGCGUCAUUCUCUCAGACAUUUGCCAAAGAAAAGCGAAAAUAUUCUGUAAGGGAAAUUUCAUGAUGCAGAGAGCCAGGCUUUACUCCGCUGAGCUUAGCCAGCGGAUUCGUCUUCAGGUUUCAAAUGUAUUUUAUCAGCACAACUAAUUCUUCUAGUCUUUUCUGAUGGUUUUUCCUCUGAAUUAACCUGCAGUGAGAGUGGUGUGCAAAAUGUUGGCACCUUUUUAAUAACUAUUUUAGAAAGACAAUAUUUGCACCUUAAACCCAUACCAAAACAACAUCACAUUCUUAAAGGGACAGUUCACCCAAAAAUUACGAUUCUGUCAUCAUGUGCUCAUCCUCGUGUUCAUGUAUUUGCAUGAUUUUGUGGAACAUGCAAAAAAAAGAUGUUUAUAAGAAUGUUCAUGCUGCACUUUUCACAAUGUAAAAAUAUCAAAAACACCAUAAAAGUGUUUCACAUGACUCCAACUCAAGUCUUCUGAAGCCAUAAUAUACUUUUGUGUGGAGAAAUUUAGGUCAUUACUGCAUACUUUUAUUGUGCUUUUUGGCGUAUGGAAAAAUGCAGCAUGGACAUUCUUCAAAAUGUCUCUUUUUUUUUUUUUUUUUUACGCAAGAAAGUUAGUCAUACCGAACUAGAACGACAUGAGGCUGCAUAAAUGGUGCAGGAAUUACAUUUUUGUGUGAAUUACCCCAUAAAGAUUGAUCCCAUCUCGCCAGUGUCCCCUCAUGAUUGUCAUUCUUUCGUGACCCCUGCGUAUCCAGAGGGGGAAAUAUGUGUAUUUGAACAAAUUGUCAUUGCUAGCGAGAAUUAUAAUGUGUUGAAUGAUAACACAGCUUAUUUGAAAGUCCCCGCAUGAUGCAUCUUUAGAAUCUGAUCCCAUCCCAUGAUGCCCCGUCAUAACGUUCACCCCUCUUUUUUCUAUUUAGAAGAUGCCUCUUAGCAAAUUGCCUCUAUGAAACAGAAAUUCCUAUAUUAGCUAUAAAGAUUAUGAUAUUACCCUUUUGUGCUAGAUUGUCUCUUGAAUGUAAUGGAUUUUGUACCUGUAUUUUUCUAAUUCCAAUCCAGUCUUUCUGUAUGCGGUGGCUUUAUAUGGAGGAAUUCUAGGCUGCUUCCUUGCGUGAAUAAUUUGUAAAAACUUCCAGUCAUCCUUGAGACACAAACCCUGACCUCCGAAGUGUGCAGUGCAACUGCCACCAUCAUAUCUGACAUUAAAUAUCUUUCACUUUUACGCGUUUAGUCCCGAAACAUGCAAUAGCACCGAUCACAGAUAUCAGUUGCCAAACCUUUCCACGUUUCACCUUCUCUACUCGUUUCGAGUCUUAAUAAUCUUGAAUAUGCACCCUGUCAACGAUGAGGAUUUUCUCUGCUCUGUACAAGAAUGUACGUUCAUGGCUUUAGAUGCAGUUGUGGUGCCGUCUUUUUAAACGCUUACCCGAGAUCCUGUUCUUGAUUCCUCUAAGGAGUUUAUACUUGUGUGCUUGAUCUGAUUAUUGUCACUAGUACUGUAUGAUGCAAUGUAUGGAUCUGAUUGUUACAGCCCAGUUGUUGAUGCAGCCUUGCCUUACUGAUCCCCUGCGUAGAGAGGGACCCCUUUGCCAUUGCCCUUCUCACUGAGUCUUAUGUCAUAACACUGUCUGCUGACGCAAAUGUUAUUCUUUAAACAACUAUUAAAGUAACAUACAUAUGAA